AACCGGAUACUGGCCAUGGCGGGAAAUGGAUUGGGCCCCCCCCUCCACCAGUACCCGUUCUCGGAGUGGCAGCUCUCUGGACUGGACCUGGUGCAGUUGUGCUAUCCGGAGCUGGAGCAGCUGGGCGUUCAGAAGAUCGGCCACCAGGAGCUCAUUCUGGAGGCCGUGGAGAAGCUCUGCUCCAUGAUGUACGGCAUGGGCAACGAGAAUCUGCGCAGCCACACGGUGGGGCUGCGCAACGUGGCACACUCCAUGCAGAUGGGCCUGCAGAGCCGCUGGCGGGUCAACACCUACGAUGGCCAGAGCGCCACCAAGCUGCCCAGCGAGGUACUGCAGUCUGUCCUAGACCUCAUCACUGCUGCAAAAGGACUCUUCUCUCUGCUCAACAGGUACCUGUUCUCUCAGCUCAGCGGCUACACAGCCAGCAAAGACAUCAUCACACACUGCAGGGAGCUGGGGACCACCGUGCAGAAGGACAUCACGGUUUAUGAAAAAGAGAAGGACAUCAUAUCUAUUUGCCGUCGGCUGGUGGCCAUCUGUGACGAGAUCCUGAGCAGCACCCCGGAGUCUCUGCUCAGCCACACCGCCCACCUGGAGAGCGUGGACUUGGUUCCGGCCAACCCAGGAGACCAGCUGGGUAUUGAGAUCACCUCCACCGGCUCCAGUUCCCACUUUGUCACCGGCACUGCAGCCGAGUCACCCGCUGAGUUCUGCGAGAAGAUCCUGGCGGGAGAUGAGGUGGUCCAGGUCAACGAUCAGAUAGUGGUGGGCUGGAGCAGGGCGAACCUGGUGAAGAAGCUGCAGGAGAACCCCAACGGCGUCAGGCUGGUCCUGAAGAAGGUUCCGGUGUCUGUGAAACGGCGGCAGAGAGCUCCAGAGACCCAGUCUCCUGAGGAGGAAGAGGAGGAGGAGGAGGAGCCGAAGGAGAGGAAUUCCAUAUUGGGGAGGGUCGCCGCCUCCGUGCGAUCCCUGUCCUUCAGGGCAGCGGUCCACAGCCAGGAUAAUAAGAGGCCUACGGCCCUGGAAGAGGCUGAACUAGUCGGCUACAGUCUGAACCAAGGAGGGGCCCAGACAGCCACUUCCAAUCCGGAGGGGGCAGAGCUCGAGGAUUCCGAGGGAGCCGCACCGCAGGACUGCGCCGGGCCUGGAGGAGGGGCCGCCGGCGACCUGCCGUCACCGAGACCGGAGGGCGGGAGAGCCAGCGUCAGCUCCUGCCCCGAGAUGGCCGGGCACAGGGAGGAGAGAGCCUCAAAAAAGGGGGACAGGAAAGGCACGCGGACGACGAUGAGCCGGCGGCGGGUGUCCUGCCGGGAGCUGGGCCGGGCCGACUGCGACGGCUGGCUCUGGAAGAAGAAGAAGGAGAGCGGCGUCUUCGUGGCCCAGAAGUGGCAGAAGUUCUGGUUCGUCCUGAAGGGCCCGUCUCUGUACUGGUACACCAGCCAGCAGGAAGAUAAAGCGGACGGCCUGGUCCAGAUCUCCAGCUACAGCAUUGAGAGUGCAGGGGAACACAAGAGGAAAUACGUGUUCAAAAUGUGCCACAACCGCUUCCAGACGUUCUUUUUCGCCGCUGACAACGUCAGCGACAUGAGCAAGUGGAUAAACUCCUUAAUCACAGCGACACAUAGGUACAAGAAAAGUCCACCAGACAGCGAGGAAGAGUGCUGCAGUGAGACUGAACCUGAGGAUGAAGGAUCUAGCUCACCCCGCUCUCCCAGGCAUACAAAGAACCAGAGCAACACCCUGCCAAGGACCAAGGGUAAAAAGAGCAAGCCCGCGGGGACUGUGGGGAGUGCAGCAGUCUCCCCCACCACCGGGGGCAGCAAACCCACAGGCUCCGCCGAGGACGAGAUGGGCGUGCUGUUCCACAGGCUGCGGAAGGACGGCGUCUCGCCGAUCGGCGUGGAGCAGCCCACAACGCACGCGCAGUUCCGCCGCUCCUUCAUCCGCCGCAACAAGAACCCGGUCAUCAACGAGAAGGUGCACACGCUCCGGGCCCUGCAGAGCACGCUCAAGGCCAAGGAGGUGGAGCUGCAGCUCAUAAACAAGGUGCUGGAGGACAGCGCCCUGACGUCGCUCAAGUUCCGCGAGUGGAAGGAGAGCAACGAGCACCUGCUCCAGGAGAUCGACAGGCUGGCGGCGGAGCGCGAGCGGCAGGAGGCCGCCGGGCCACAGCCGCUCGCGCCGGCCGACGCGGUCGCCGCGGAGACGGGCGCCGAGGGCGACGACGCGUCCGGACUGAGGCUGAGCGACGGCGAGCAGCUGGUGGACGCGGAGCUCUCGGGCGCGGCGCACGCCGGCGGCACCGUCUCUCCGGCGGGAACCGAGCGCCAGGAGCCCAACGGGCAAAGCCAGAGCCUGGCAUCGCCGCCAACGGACAAUUACUUCUUCAUAUGAGACGCCGGCGCUGCCCUGCGCACGGCUGGGAUCCCACACUCCAGCCCUGCAGGGGGCGCUGUGUCUGCCGGUUUAACUCCAGUCCUGGAGGGGGCGCUGUGUCUGCAGGUUUAACUCCAGUCCUGGAGGAGGUGCUGUGUCUGCAGGUUUAACUCCAGUCCUGGAGGGGGCGCUGUGUCUGCAGGUUUAACUCCAGUCCUGGAGGAGGGCGCUGUGACUGCUGGUUUAACUCCAGUCCUGGAGGAGGGUGCUGUGACUGCUGGUUGAACUCCAGUCCUGGAGGAGGGCGCUGUGACUGCUGGUUGAACUUCAGUCCUGGAGGAGGGCGCUGUGACUGCUGGUUUAACUCCAGUCCUGGAGGGGGCGCUGUGACUGCUGGUUGAACUCCAGUCCUGGAGGAGGGCGCUGUGACUGCUGGUUGAACUUCAGUCCUGGAGGAGGGCGCUGUGACUGCUGGUUUAACUCCAGUCCUGGAGGGGGCGCUGUGACUGCAGGUUUAACUCCAGUCCUGCAGAGGGUACUGUGAACUCCAGGCCUGGAGGGGGCACUGUGUCUGCAAGUUUAACUCCAGUCCUGGAGGAGCGCGCUGUGACUGCAAGUUUAACUUCAAUCCUGGAGGGGGUGCUGUGACUGCAUGUUUGACUCCGGUCCUGGAGGGGGCGCUGUGACUGCAGAGUUAACUCCAGUCUUGAAGGGGGCAGUGUGCAUACAGCUUUAACUCUGCUCCUAAUGGCCACAGUGUCUGCAGUUUUAAAUCUAGUCUUGGGGGGCACUUAAACCUGCGGUGACAGUGCCCCCUUCUGCACUGAAGUGAACCUGCAGGCAGUGUGGCCCUCCAGGACUGGAAUUUGAGAUCCUUGCUGUAGCGUAUGUUCUGUUUUUAUUUGGAACCUAAUUUCAGAAUGGCAAAAUGAUGUAAGUAAUGUAACAUAUUAUUAUUAACUGGAUAAUGAUGUAAAAAUAAUACAUUCUCCCAGAAAAAUUUGGUUUUGUCAAUGUAUUCUUUUUGGAAGGAGGCAGACAAGGAAGGUGGAUAACAUCUGUUGUAUAACUCAAUUGUGACUCACUGGUCAUUGUUUUGUCAUGUAUUUAUGGGGUUGGAGUUUUCAGCACAUUUAUUUUCAUUUUUUUACAGUUUCGUCGCAAUUUUAACAAUUUUUAAAAAAAGAAAAUAUUAAGCAAAUGUUUAAUAUAUCUUUGUGUACAUAUACACAAGUGUACAUUAGUUUUAUACGUCAUUUUAAAAAAGUACCUCAUUAGGUUUUCGCAAAUCUAAAGUGUACGCAUUUGCAUUAAAGUUUUGUCACCACUGUGAGCCAUGACCAAACGUUACUGCCUGAAACGUGUUCUUCUGCAAACUGUGGUACUGUAGCCUGUGGUCCGUUGAGCCAAGAAACGUUGCUGUCACCAACGCAUGGAAUUCAGUUGGGGGGAAAGCGGUAAGCUUUCGAAAAGUGCGUCUGAGCAAGCCGUCUUUCACCGUGCGUGUACUGGUUUUGGAUCUUGGCAGCCAGUGAUUCUUUGCACCCAGGUGUACUGCUGAUUGUUUGGAUGUGAGAACUGUGCGAUGCUUUAAACUCCACCUGCGGACACCAGGAGAGAAAACCUCACCUGUUCGUCUACGCCCGCCGCCCUUGAGAAAUGCAAGCGUGUGCAGACCUGUCUGUGUAGGUCACCCAUGCGUGUGUCUGUCGUGUCAGAGCAAUAAAGGGCCUCGAAGAUCAUAGAUCCGCUCGCUGACUGAGUGUGUUUGCAUGCGUGUGUAAAGCGAAAACACAAAUGCGUACUUCAUAUUUAACCAUCCUGUCUUUGUAAAAAAAAAAAAAAACGCUUUUUUUAUUUUUACAUUUUUACACUGCUGUGCUUUCUGAUACAGGUGUACAGUAGCGCUUGUAUACAAGUGUCAUGUCCUGUCUCAUGUG